AUGAAAAUUGAUCAGACAUCUCUCACAGCUUUAUCGAAGCUGGCAGUUCCCGAUUGUUCAUCUUACUUCAGCGUCUACACUCGCUACUCUGACUGCAUAUCUUUGCCUCCACACCAUCACAACAUGCCUAGCAAGCCGGAAGAGGAUUCAGUUUCUCCCAGGUCACCCGAUCGAGUAGAAGAGUCAUUGACUUCUUCGCGAAUUGCUCCGGAAAUGCAACAUGCCGAGAACAGUGGGCGCUAUACAAGCGAACUCCACGGAGGCUACAAAUACGACUGGAAUGAUCCUGAAUUAGUCCAGAAACUACAUCUGGACAUUGAAGGCCAGCUACAGCGGAAUGGGCAGAACAGUACGGAACGCCAAAGUUCAAAUGAUUCAGGCACGGGAAAUAUGGACUUUUUGAGCCCACUGGACCCUGACCAGUUGAGAAGCUUGGGGUUUCUGUCCUCUGGCCCAGGGGCGGCCACUGAGUCGGCCGUUCAACAAGCGGAAGUCACCGGUACCAACGUUGCAAUUCCUUCUCAACGUUCGACCGUCCGCGCUCUCCCUUCUCAUGCUGCUGGUGGCAGCAGUUCCUGGUCGCAGCCUGGGUAUGAAAAGCUUACAUCAAUCAACGAUCUCUCAGGUGGCCCAGCCUUAGCUUGGAAUAACAUAGGGGAGGAGCCUCGACAGUCUCCUCCCCCACCCCCUCCUACUGCAGAUGACGGCACUCAGGCGAACAUGUCAACUCCACUGGAUAUUGAGAAAUUGUUUUGCUCCAAGACUCUUGGGCCGGAUAGCGGCAAGUGA